AAAUACAUCACGAAUCAACGUUGAAUCACCAACUGACAACCUCACGGACGACUUUGGAAAUUAACGCAAAUACCACCAGCUGCACCUCAACCCAGUAGGACCACCGAAGGCUUACCACUUUGUCCUUGCGACCACCUCUGACUCAACCAGUAAUACCAGCUAUCCAUUCUACCAUUGCUGAGUAAAACUCAUCUCAGUCGGCCAGCUCAGGACCCCACCAGUCACAUUCGACAACAAUCGAGACUCAUCGUGAGCUUUGUCCCGGCCGCUCCGGCGGGAAACCCGUCGCUUGCCAUCAUGGACACAGAUGCGUACCGAUUUCGUGUCCCCAAGCCGAAUUAUUUACCUCACAGGACCGACAAGGACGGCAUCGUUGAGGAAUACGAGCCUCUCGGCCAAGCCAGUGAGCUCGACAACGCCAAGUACUUCGCGAAAUGCAAGCGUAUAGCUGAGGAGUCUGGCAUUACACGACCAAAAGGCUACAAUGUCUCUUUCCAUUGCAAUCCCGAAAUGGAGAAGCACCACUUCGGCCAGACUCAUCCUAUGAAACCCUGGAGACUUACCCUUUCCAAGAGUCUCAUUUAUUCUUACGGCAUGUCUUUCGCCAUGGACAACUACAUCGCCCGCGCUGCCACAUACGAGGAGCUCAACGACUUCCACUCGGACGACUAUUUGGACUUUCUGGGCACUGUCCUACCCGAGCCUGUUCCUAGGGACGUUGAGAACGCUAACCCCGAUCUUAAGUUUAAUCUGGGCGGCUCCGACUGUCCUCUGUUCGAAGGCCUCUACGACUACUGUUCCAUGUCAGCGGGCGGAUCUCUCGAUGCUGCGCGCAAGAUAUGUUCCAACCAGUCCGACAUUGCCGUAUCAUGGGGAGGCGGCUUGCAUCAUGCGAAAAAGGCGGAGGCGUCUGGAUUCUGUUACAUCAACGAUAUCGUCCUGGCUAUUCUGCAGCUACUACGGUGCUAUCCUCGUGUCCUUUACAUCGAUAUUGAUGUGCACCACGGAGAUGGUGUUGAGGAAGCAUUUUAUUCCACCGACCGCGUCAUGACGGUAUCAUUCCACAAAUACGACCCUCUCAACUUCUUCCCCGGUACCGGCGGACUGGACGAUAAUGGUCCUAAGAACGAGCACAACCCAGGCGCCCACCAUGCCAUCAACGUUCCCUUGAACGAUGGCGUCACUGACGAUCAGUACAAGUGGCUCUUUGAGAAUGUCAUUGGCAAAUGCAUGGAGAAAUUCCGACCUAGCGCUAUUGCGCUGCAGUGUGGUGCCGACUCUCUCGCUGGAGAUCGUCUGGGACGUUUCAAUCUUCAAGUCCAAGGCCACGGCGCUUGCGUCGAGUUCUGCAAAUCAUUUGGAGUGCCCAUGAUUCUCUUUGGUGGCGGCGGGUACACUCCCCGCAAUGUUGCCCGCGCCUGGGCCUUCGAGACCAGUAUUGCCAUCGGCUGCCAGGACAAGAUCGAUCCCAUCAUUCCGACACACGCUCCUUGGAGAGACCAAUUUAGGUAUGAGGAGUUGUUCCCGACACUGGAACAGAUUCUCGGGGAGCCGCGUGUCAACCGCAACACACGAAAGAAACUGGACGAGGUGUUGCAGCAUGUGACAGAACAGCUGAGGUUCGUACAAGCAGCUCCAAGUGUACAGUACCAGACCAUUCCCCCAGACCUGGGCGGUCUGAGAGACGACGUUGAAGCAGCACUCAAAGAACAGCGAGAGGCCGAGAACGACGCUGUGAGGAAACAACGAGAAGAGGCUGUUGGACAAGCCAUGGAGUAUUGAUGAGGGCAUAAUGGCAUGCCACCACAGCGUGGGAGUACGUGGAUACCAAACGGAGUUUAGGGUGUAUGAAUGAUUUCAAAGUCUAGCAAUUGGCGUCCUCAACGUCAGGGCGGGCCAGGCGGGAACUUUAGGGACUACUCUUCCAGUACCUUGUUACUGGGAAACAUCAGACGAG